AUGUCUUGGCAAGCUUACACUGACAACCUAAUUGGUACUGGCAAAAUUGACAAAGCUGCGAUCUACUCGAGAGCCGGAGACUCGCUGUGGGCUGCUUCCGGUGGACUAAACCUGCCUGCUAAUGAAAUUUCCGAAAUUGCACAGGGUUUUGAGAACCCUUCAGGGUUGCAGAGUACAGGUUUGCAUGUUCAAGGCCAAAAAUUCAUGUUGAUCAGAGCUGACGACAGAAGCAUUUACGGUAGACACGAGGCCGAGGGUGUGAUCUGCGUGCGUACGAAGCAGACCAUCUUGGUGACCCAUUAUCCAGCCGGUGUGCAAGCUGGUGAGGCCACCAAGAUUGUCGAGCAAUUGGCGGAUUACUUGAUCGGCGUCUCCUAUUAG